AGGGGCAACAAAAAUAUCACUAAUAGAAAGGUGCAGAUAUUAGUGGCGCUGGUGGUAUAGAGUAUUCGUGAAGGCGGCAGAUGUGGAUUAUGACUGAAGUGUAGGUGUAGUAAUUGAAAUUUAAAUAAUUGAGGUAAAAUACACACAAAGGGAUGAGGUCGCUCAAGCUAUUCUCAUCCCGUUAUUAAUGGUAGUUGACACAGUUGACCGAAACGCUAUGCGUAUUAGUGGUUUUAGGUAUUGCAUGUACUAGCUCUAUAAAUCUAACAUUAUGUUUGUAACUCGUCUUUUAUAUAUGUACUUUUACAUGAAUAAACAUUUUGAUUUUCGAUUAGUGAUAAUGGCGGGAACCCAAGUGGUGGUGCGGACCGACCCGUCGCUGGUGGCGGGCACCCGAGGUUGACGAGGUACAGUGAUGAACGGCUGGCAGUGACGCACACAUCACUCAACACUCUGGUGGAACAGUCACAGCCACACUCAUUGUCCAGUCACACCCUCCAGCCUCACCCACCAGCCACACCCUCCAGUACUUCAUACUUCCUCCUGCUGGCCUUCAUUAAAAGUGCUGGCCAUCAGUCUCUGGCUGGCCCGCUAAGUGUUGAGAGCUGUCAUUGAUUGAGUAGAACAAUAGCAUUGCUAUUUUUGUGAUGAUGGUGGCUGUCGUCAUCCACAGGUAGUGGGGAUGCUGGCGUGUGUGUGGAGGAGCGGGAAGUGUAGAGGUGCAGGCUGCCAGGUUCUGCACCUCGCCGCCUUUCUCCUGGUGGCCCCCAUGCUCACCGUCACCUGCGACAUCAUGUUCACCAAAGCCGGCGCCUGCAGGCCCAAAAACUUGAGCACUUACUGCCUGCCUUUCUAUAACUACGGAACGGCCAUCAAGCUGACCAAGAGACUUGUGGCGAGGAUGCCGACGGUGGUAGAGCUGCCCCCACCGUCAGGCCAGCCCAGUUGGUCACUUGUUAUGGAGGUGCAGAACGCCAGUUCUGGCGAGAAAAUUGCUGACUUAAGUUUGACCAACAAUCGGAGUCUACAGGAGACCUGCAUCAAAUGCUUCCCCAACACCUCCAGGUUAUUUAACACCAAACGCUUCAUGCUGUCAUUACUGGAUGAUAACCUGGCUGUUCUACACGACACCCUCAACGUAUUCCCCCUCAACCUGCUGCUACAUAACGGUAACUCUGUAAAUGAAAGUGCUGAAUUAAAAAUUAUCAGCAUCGAUAGACCAGACCACAAAUGGUAUAUAAAGGGCAAGCAAAUUUUCCGCAUGCAGAAGCAUACAAGGUUGUUGUUGCAACCAUGGGCUGCCGAAGACACACAGAAAGGUAAUCGUACUGUAUAUAUUUCUUACAGCCACCCGCCUUGUCUCAACCAGCCCCAGAAAGCCAAUGUAACUUUAGACAUCGCAUUCGGCUACCACGAGAAUUAUCCUCUCAAACUCGUGAUGAAAAAGGACAAGGGAACUUUUACCAUGACAGCAAAAGUGGGGGAAAUCAAGACCCUCGGCAACUCCAGCUUCCAGCAGGAUGGUCGGUACAAUUGCUGGGGCAGCGACACCUGGGUGGUUGUUUCCGGCUGCGUCGUAGUUAAAGACGACUACACUGCCACAACUGACCAUUUCUUUGACUCGAUCGAUCCCUUAGUCAUAGCGCUGGAGACAGAAAUCUGCCUUCUUCUCCUUGUCUUAGUGACCCUCUUCAUAGAGGUGCGCCUCUAUAUAUUUCUCAUGAAGAAAUAUAAUCCUCAAAGUUCUAAACAUAGUGAAAGCAAAAUGAGAAAGCGCACAUCAACACUGCCACAUCCCUACACAUCUCCUCCUGCCAAGGACGCCACUUAGAUGAUGCAGCAGGAGUAAAACAAAAUGCUGUAGUUUUGCGUUGUUUUACUCAACUACAGAAAAACAUUCAUGCUAAAUUCUAAAGAGAUAUAUUGUAGUCUUAUUUGUGCAACUCUGGUCCUCCACGCAUACUAAGAAAAGUAGAGAUAUUAAAGAAAGUGAUAACAAUUAAGAACAGACGGGAUCACACUGAACCAGUAAUGCACAGCUCUAACUGCUUAAUUUUUCUGACUCCAUUAAAUACUGAAUUUCAUUGUGUACAAAUGUCUCAACGAUGUACUCUUCAACAACACAUAAUGGAAGGGAGAAUGGUCAGCAUCACUUGAGUUCUGUCUCCAAGCUCUCACUCAUCUCUUCCACACACAGUUUUUCGUUCACCUGCUAAAGAGGCUGUCAGCACCUGUCCUAUUUCCAAAAAUGCCAUUCCAUAUUCAGACUUCUACCCACCCAUUCAUUCCUCAAUCCGCGACCAUUGGCAGGGGUCGUUAAACUGAGGUUGCAAGUCACAAACUACACACUCUCAAAAGUAACCUAUCCCCCCCCCACCCCUUGCUAUCUUCCUACCAUCGUAAUAGACGUUGGGAAACUGCUUUGGCGAGGUUAUCCAUUGGCCAUACCCACUUAACUCGGCCAGUGAGUUAAGCGAAAUGGCUUUACAGGUUACACACUUGAAAUACACCAAAAUUCUCAUUGUUCAUGCGAAUCCUAAAGCAACAUUCUUAUUGUUCAAGCGUAGACUCACUGAACACACAUUGUUUAAGCGCAGACUUGACCAACAUUCUCUAUCACACUAAAACACCAACCUUGUCACCUUGUUACGAAGGUGACACAAGUAUGGCCUGCCUAUGAUUGUAUGAUCUGUCGUCUUAUGACUGUAGACUAGUAGAAAAUAGAAAAUAGUAUAUUUAUUAUUUAAGAUUUACUUUCAUGUACAUUAUAACAAACUCCUGUUAAACAAUGAUUAUAAUACUUUAUGAAAUUAUUGUAUUUAAGGGCAACAUAUUAGUACCCUAAACUAAUGUAGAAGUACUAUAAUAGUUAUGAGAAAAUAAUGGUACUUAAGGUGAUUACAUUUAAUUAAGUUCUUUCGAGCGAUCAUAUUCUAAGUAUAAAUAAUUGUAUUGUCUUAGAUACGACAUAAUGUAUAUACGUAUGUUUAUACUUAAUGUUAUACUCGUGUUUACUCUCAUCCCAUAUAUCACCAAGUGUCUCCUGAUGUCUUGUCGCUUGAUGUCUUCAGAUAUCUCCUGGUGUAUCUUCAUGUCUCCAAGUGUCUCCUGAUGUGUUCUGGUGUCUCUUAACUUCAGAUGUCUCCAGGUGUCUUCUCGUGUUCCUGAUGUCUUCUGGUGCCUUCUAUUGUCUCGUGGUGUCUCCUUGUGGCUUCAGGUGUCUCCAAUUUUCUGAGACAAGACUAAUUAAGUUUGAUAAUUGUAAAUACGUGAAUUAAUAAUAAAUUCUCUCCAGAUUGUGCUCCUUUAAGAAAUGAAUAUAACUAGUUAUUUUAUAGGGUUUUAUGUUAUUGACUUUAUUGUACUCAUCUAAUUGUGCUUGCGGGGGUUGAGCUUUGGCUCUUUGGUCCCACUGUGGUGGGAUCAGCUAGGUUGCUCAGCUGUGUCAACACUUGCCAGUUUCUACACGUGCUAAUGUGUCAACACCUGCCAGUGUACACAGUAUACCAGAAUAGUAUGAUCUGGUAAUCUGUUCCUGUCCUCAGGCUAGGUUCGUCCACACGGCGGUCGACCCCCAACGACGCACUCAUAAAUUUUUACCUUUCGAGUAUGCAAAAUUAGCAUUUUCUCAAAUAUAAAUUAAUCUUAUUAUAUACUAGAAUGUUUUGGAUAGUUAGAUCAAGAUUAGGUUAGGUUCUGUUGCUAAUUAUUGGUAUAUGCAGAUCGUCUAUGAGGCAUUUAGAGAGGCGCGCUUCGAGCAGAGGACGUGAAUGAAACUCUGUUCGAGAAAAGUCAGUCCCUCAUCAAAACAAUGGGCUGUGAGGUCCACAACGUGUAAUUCAAAUACUGACAUCAAGAACUGUGCACGAGUCAGUAAUUGGACUUAUAGUCCACCUAGCUAUGUUCGAGGCCAUGGCUCGAAACGUGCUUCAUUCACCUCCAGCCCGUAGUGUAUACACUCCCUAAAUCACCGCAACCAAAAACAUCUUACCUAACCUAACCUAGACCUGACUAUACAUAAACGCACAAUAUAAAAUAAUAUUAAUUUAUAUUUCAGAAUAAAGUCUGCUAUUAUACUGUUGUAAGAGUCAUCCUGUUGGUUGUCUUGAAUAAGUCAAAACUACAUUAACUUAUUAAAAACUUUGUUAGUAUUUGAUUUAUGACUUGGGCUGGAGGAUGAGCUGAGAGACGUGUGUAAAAUAUUUUUCAUUCAUAAAGAAGGGAGUUUGGCAGGUGGAUUAACGAGCAUUUGAACUUUGUUAAUGAGGACGGGUUGUCAUGACUUUAUAGGGUUGAAACUUAAAAGAUCUUACAAUGAAGCCUAAUAUUUCACCGAACUUUUUUUUUUAUACCUGUACCAAGACCAGGCUUUGUUUGCAACAACUUCAUACAGAUGGUUAUAAUUUUGCUGGACUGAACAGGUGUACAACAUUGUCAAUUACACUUAUAUUUCAGACAUUAUUUGAAACAAAUUUAGCUUACAAUUUGUGUAAUGAUAUUAGGCCACAAGUGACCUAUUCAUAUAACACCAACCACCCGGAAAGUCACACAUAGAAAACGUAACCUGGCAACCAAGAAGAGCAACCAGCUGGCUCCGUCAACACAACGUCCAGCCGUCGCCGCCUGCGUCAAGUCUUGCCCCAAAACGUGUCCAGUUGCGUCAUCACCGCUGCGUCAACUGGCCACAACAACAUUCAGGCCACAUCAUGAAGUGAUGCGUCUCCCAACACCGCUCCUGCGGUCAUCAGGAGGAAGAAACCUACACGUUGACUGCACGUAUCAAUGCCAUAAAGGAGAAGUAUGGAUUGACCAAAUUAUAGCAAUAGGACAACAAUAGUGGUAAGAAAAGAGUAGUGGUAGUAACAGUAGUAGUAAUAGUAACAGUAGCUACUAGUGGUACACAGCCUACUUACGAUCACCACUGUAUGUUUGACAAAUCUCUCACCCUGUCCAUGGAGGACAGAAGAAAAUGUAUAUAUGCUAGUUAGCAUUGUAAAUGUGUGGCCACGUCUGUGGUAGAAAAUAAUAAUAACAAAACAACAACUCCCAGUUAUCUGUCUUCAUUUGGAUAAGAUAGAUAAGAAUGUUUAUUCACGUAAAAGUACAUACAUAUAAGAUUAGGUACAAACAUAAUGUUGGAUUUCUAGUUAGAGUUAGUACAUACUAUGCUUAAAGCCACUAAUACGCACAGCGUUUCGGGCAAGAUGUGGGAAAAACACUUAAGACUAAAACUUAAAAUUAAUUGAGAUCAAAGCAUAAAUUGAAUUGAAAAAGAGGGGAAAAAAGAAUGAUAAUUUACUUUCAUUAGUUCUUUCUUCAUCCGGUGGCUGGUCUUUCGUUUAUGUUUUAGACAUGUAUAACUUUACAUGCAUCAGCAAUACAAGUCCUCUGCCAUUCAUCGGACCAAUUAACCUGGAUGUUUAAGCUACCUGUAGUAGCGUAACUUUGAAGCCAAGUUAAGUGUUAUCGGAAAACUUAGAAAUUAUUCUGUAUAAUCCAUUACAUGUACUAUUUGGGCUCAAAUAAUUAAAUGAGCAUAUACCAAUUUA